AUGGAGCAAUGCCUUCUUGACCUUGUAAAGAAUGAAGUCCAAAGUUUGAUGAAUUUAGUGAAAAAUGAAGCUCAAUAUUUAUGUUGUUUCAACAGUUUUGUUGAAAAUUUUGAGCAAGAAAGGAAAAGAUUAGCUCCAAAACACAUUGAUAUGAAUAAAAAGAUAAAUAAAGCUAGAGGUGUUUUCAGUUUUAAGUCUGAAGCAUUGGAUUGGAAGCAUGAAGCUGAUGAUAUCAUUAAUAUUGACACUACAGCAAAGAAGAAAUGCUUUUUUGACUUAUGUCCUAAUUGCUGGUGGCAAUAUUGGCGAGGCAAGGAGUUGGCAAAGAAGACAGAAUGCACUAAAGUACUAUUGGGAAGAAGUAAUACGAACAUAAUAGCAGGGAAAGCUUAUUUACCAAUCAAGGAAUACUUUUUUCCUUCACAAGAAUUUGUUCAUUUCAAGAGUAGAGAAUUAGAAUUCCAAGAUCUAAGGAAGGCAUUAGAAGAUGGUAAUUGCAAUAUAGUUGGAUUGCAAGGUAUGGGGGGAACGGGCAAAACCUACAUGGCAAAAAAAGUGGGUAGUGAAUUAGAAGGAUCCAGAUUUGACGAAGUCUUCCUUCUUGAGGUGUCUAUUCUUCCAGAUUUCAAUAAGCUUAGACGUAAGUUUGUCGAAUAUCUACGAUUGCCCUUAGAGGAAUGGAAGGAAGAGGAAUACUCUAUGAUAAUAUGGAUUACGCUCCUUGAUAUGAAAAAAAAACUACUUAUAAUUCUUGAUGAUGUAUGGGAAGCGUUUGAUCUGAAACGUCACUUGGGGAUUCCAUGUAGCCACCACCAGCACAAGGGUUGUAGUGUAUUAAUAACUACUCGUAAGGAACGUGUUUGUGUAAAAAUGGAAUGCCAAAUCAUAAUUAAACUUGAGACUCUGAAUGAUAAGGAUGCGUUGGAUCUUUUCCAAAAACAUGUUGGUAAUAUUAAUGAUUCCUCUCGUGGUUUGAAGGGUGUACCGGAGAAAAUUGUCAAGCAUUGUGGGGGAGUACCUAUUGCUAUUGCAGCAAUAGCAGAAGCAUUAAAAGGUCAGCCAACAUCAGUUUGGAAGGAUGCACUAAAAUCCUUGAAAGAUUGUCUUGGUGAUCAAAAUUUGACAAAGGCCUAUAAAUGUUUGGAUUUAAGCUAUUGUAACUUGAAAAAUGAAAAGGCUAAAGUACUCUUUUUGAUAUCUUCUCUGUUUCCAAAAGGUUUUGAAGUUCCAGAGCAGCUUUUGAGCAAGAUUGGUAUAGGACUAGGCUCUUCUGGGGAUAAUAACAAAUACCAUGCAACAAGAAUUGAAGUGCUUGCAGCUAUAAUGGAACUCAAAGAUUCUACUUUAUUGUUCAAUAGUGGGGGAAAAUUUGUAAUGCAUGAUUUGAUUUAUGAUGUGGCAUUGCAGAUCAGAGAAAAAGAUUUUCAAAUGAUUGUGAAUUCUAAUAUGGUUAUAAAAGACAACAUACGAUAUUUGUUUUGGAAAAAUAGUUAUUUUCCUGGUGAAUUUGAUGGAAAGGAGCUGGAGCUUUUAUCAAUAUUUCUAGAUGAUUCAAAGGAUUUGAAAGUCUCAAAUGCAUUCUUUAUGGAGAUGACAAGGCUCAAAGUCUUGAUUUUAGUUAGUACUUGUGACUAUAGAAUUUCAGCUCUAUCAUUGUUGCAUUCUCUUCGGUCACUAGCAAAUAUUCAAACACUCACCCUGAUGAAAUUGAAGUUAGGAGACAUCUCUAUGUUAGAAAACUUAUCAAGUCUUGUAACUCUUUCAUUGCAUCAUUGUUCAUUCAUUAAAUUACCUGAAGAAUUUCCCAAAUUAAAGAAGUUGGGAUUGUUGGAGCUAGAAAUGUGUGAAAUUGAAAUGAAUAAUCCUUUUGAAGUGAUUGAAAAAUGCUCACAGCUAGAAGAGUUGGCUUUUGUUGGUAACAAGUGUGGCAAAGAAGAAAAAGAUGCAAUUUCUCAAAAUGAAUCUUCUCUUUCAUUGCAUAGAUAUCAAAUAUCUAAUGGAAGCCUUUCAAAGUAUCAUAAUAAGCAUGGUUCCGUAUCAAAAUGCUUUCGGUUAGAUGAUUCAAGGCAUUUAAUCUCGGAGGCAACAUUUAAGCGACUUGUGGGAGAAACUGAACUUCUUAUCUUAGAAGGAAGGUAUGAAGAAUCUAGAUGGAAAAAUCUUAUCCCUAGCAUUAUUCCAGUAGAUAAUCAAGGAAUGAAUGAGUUGAUGAUUCUUUAUUCAAGUUCUUGUCCUGAUAUAGAGUGCCUUGUUGAUACUAAAAAUCAUUCUUUUCAUGUGAUUGCUUUCCCCAAUCUGGUUGAACUACAUCUUUAUAAAAUGGAUGUUGAAGAAUUAUAUCAGGGUCCUAUGCCAUAUGGCUUUCUGGAGCAGUUGAAUAUUAUGAAGUUAAAGGAUUGUCAGAAAUUGAAGGGCGUGUUAUUUAAUGGCAACUUCAACCUAUGCUAUCUUCAGUCAUUGGAAUUGGAAGAUUGUCCUAUGUUGACAUCAAUUUUCCAGCAAUCAACUACUCAAACACUAAAGCAACUGGGAGAAUUAAGAAUUAAAAAUUGCAAAGCAUUGCAAUACAUAAUGACAUAUGAGAGUUUAGGAGGGGAAAUAGUGGAUGAUGGUGACAAUGAUCAAGAGAGUUAUGGUUCAUUGUUCCCAAAAUUAAAAACUCUUCAAAUUACAGGAUGUGACCAAUUAGAAAUAAUCUUGCCAAUCCUUUUUGCUGAAGGCCUUCCAUCUUUGGAAGAGAUAAGCGUAUGUGAGUGUGAGCAGUUGAAAUUCAUAUUUUAUAAGUUUGUGGGGGAGGACCAUGAUAUGCUCCCUUCACUAGAAGAAAUGGAACUCUCUGUAGUACCAAGUUUGAUGGGAAUUUAUAAAGAAUAUCAACAACCAAUAACUUCACCCAUGCAAAAACCACCAUCUCCACUUGCAAAGGAUAAUUCCAAGCAAAUACUUCAACGUUUUCGUUUUCUGAAUAGCUCGAGGACCACCAAUGAGGAUAAAUUGCUUGACCACACAAUCCAACAGGGCUUAAGUGCAUCAAAAAAAUGGAUUAAUGCUGUUGAUAUCCUCAAGAGUCUCAAUGUUCAUCAUAUCAGAAAGUUGAAAAUUGUGGAUCUCACUUUGAAGUCAGCAUCACUGCUCACUUUAUCUAUGGCCUCCAUGAUAAUGUGGGAAGAACUGACAAUUGGGAAAUGCAUUGGACUGAAGCACUUGAUAUCAAGCAAGGCAUACGAUAAUAAAGAUCAAAUCAACACCAGCUUCAUUUUCCCAAAGUUAGAAAUGCUAGAGAUUUGGGAGUGCAAGGACUUGAAAUUUUUAUUUCCAUCUACAACACCUGUAGGAAUUAAAAAUUUGAAGUCUUUGACUAUCAAAGGUGCUCCUGAGCUAAAAUAUGUCUUUGGAAAAUACCAGCAUGAUGACCAUUUAUUAAAUCAAAAUUCAGAAGUUAUGCGUUACUUUGAUCUCCCUGCUUUGAAGUUCCUCUACUUUAAAGAUGCACCGAAGAUGAUCAGCAUUUGUUUCAUGGAUUUUAUCGUGGUAUUGCCAUCUCAUGUCAUUUUGGAAAAUUGCGGCAUUGAAUCUGUGACUAAAUUGAUGGUUUGUUCAGAUGAAGAACAUCUUAAUCAAGAAGCCACAAAGGUAACACUCUUUCUAACUUAG